AUGUACCGUGAUUAUCGAUGAAAUGAAUUAAACGGGCCCGGUGUCUUGUUUUUUAGUACGAAAUUUAUUAACAUAAACUAACGCUGGGUUAACUAAUACAUUUUAAAUUGAUGAUUUAAUCUAAAUUAAUAUUUAAAACACGCGUUGCAUUCGAUUUAUUCAUUCCGUUUCUUUGCGGCUGCAGUGUCUCGAGUUUUUCGUUGUGGAUGUAGUGACACAAGUUUUUCGAAAAUUUUACGAUGAGUGGUUAUAAGAAAAAUUAUACGCCGACAUGGACCAAAGGAAAUCUAAAUCCAUCGACUUACUCUGGAAGUUCAAGUUCAAAGAUCGAGCGUUCGUUAAAGUACGGCGGCGUUUAUCCACGACCAGCUAGCGAUCCAAAACCUAGUAGUGAGAGAAGUGCGACCCUUCGUUUAGGGCAAAAGUACGGCCAUUUCUGUGACGGUUCCCGAGAUACAGAUAAAUACGCCGGACCAGUAACAGCUCGACUGAAGGAAAUUGAUAAGAAAGAGACCGCUCCUCCGCCAGUAUCUUACCGUUCCAUUUCAAGACCGUCAGGGACAAGAUCCAGGGAUCCUAGUGCCGAGCGAGAAACCACCGAGAGAAUGUCGACCCUAUCGAUUCACAAUUGCAAUUCAUUGUAUCCGACUCCGAUCAACGUUAGAUCAGUAAGUCACGACCGUAGUGAUACGAGCACGCCCAGUUCUACUAUUCCCAAAUACACUGGCCGAUCGUCCAUAACGAAAAGUGACAAGUUUGGAUUAAUCAGGUCCUCUAGAAACGAAUCAAAGGAGGAUUUAACGAAAUUCAAAACCAUAACUAAAGCAACUUCUAGGGAGGACUUAGAUAGCGGUCCCAAGAAGUAUAUCACGAGCAGAUUUUUGCCCAAAAACACUAUUGAGAAAAGUAAUACGGCUUAUCUUCGACCGUGCUCGGCCAGAAUUUCUUCCAGUCAAAGAGAUUCCAGUAGAAAAAACAGAGAAAUUUUGAAUCUACUGUCCGCUCAAACUGAUAGAAGCAGCAGACCUACAAGCAGAUGUUCGAAUGUAUCCGACAACAUCCCCAGAGAAACCAGUACCACCACAACUACAGAGUCACUCGAAAGAACUCCGUCUGACUUAAAUUCCGAGAAUUCCAAGUCUGCAAAAGUGAACAACACUUCUGCAACCCCAUGGUCUUCGUAUCUAGAUUUAAAAUUUUCCAGUCCUAAAAAUACAAAGGCGUCGCCAAGCUCUAGUCAAAGUCAAAUACCAAAAAAUUCAAGUUCCAAUAAGCAAACGGUGAGUAAAAGUUUCACGCCGACGGACUCAAAAUCGAAAUUGUCGAAAAGCUCACCUAAAACCUCUCGACGUUCGACAUUAAACAAAGAUUUUCGUAAGUCGGUCUUGAAUAUGAGUCCCGAAAGUAAGAUGAGACACCAUAACGGAUCGGUCAGUCCGGCGGACUCCGAGGCGGAAUUUCCCACAUCGGAGGCAACCGAUGUGUCCGAGAACCUAUCCAGCUGUAUGUCGUACCACAAACAAUCAUCGUCGGCAUCUCGACUGCCCAAAAAGAGCAGCGAGACGAGCGAAACUAGAAGCGUUAGGUCAAAUACGCGUUCGCCUAGCGUUCCAUUAGAAGGACACUGCGAGUCGACCACAGCCAGCGGAAGCGAAGACGACGUAAAAACCAAAUCCACUUACACAAAAUCUGAGAGUAAAAUUAGUAAAUCACAUCGAACGUCUUUGCUGAGCGAACGCGGUGAUGGUUCGCCCAAACCUCCGAUGAGUCCGCGGCCCAAGACCGAAAAAGAAUCAUUUUUGACAAGAGCUUUGACUCCUGUGGCUGCCGCAUUCAAAAUUAAACGCCCAGAUUCAGAUUCUAGAGUUAACUGGAUGGACAGCAGUACCGAUAAGGACAACGAAAGUGGCAAGGUAAAGGAGGAGUCAAAAUCUCCGAAAAUACGGGCGAUGCGUCGUAUUGACAGUGGGGAGCGAGCGUGGUGGUUAGACGAGAGCGCAACUCCUCCGGAGGGUGUUGAGGUGUACCCUGUGGGAACGCCACCUCAGGACAGCCAAAAGAGCGACUACUUUCACAAGUAUCGUAUACGGCACAUCGAUUCCGGCGAAAAAGCGUGGUGGUUGAGUAGCAACGAGAACAUAUCGGAGGCGGCAAGCCAACCAAAGUCGGCGAGCAAAGAGCCCGCUUACAAAAUUACCCAUCAGGUUUCCGGCGAGAGGGCGUGGUGGAUGAAAACACCUCCUAAGUCGCACCAGCACUCAUCCGAUACGGAAUCGGAAAACGAACAAAAUAUACCGUUAGGCGAUCGCGCCAGUCCCGACGGAUUGGAGAUGCCAAAGGAGGAGGAACAAAUCUCCAAAUUGAAGAAGCCAAAUUCGUUGUUUAUUUCAAAGCACAAGAACAUCGACGAUAUUCUCGGCGGCUCCAACGUCUCCCUGAGUCCGUUAAUGGAGCAAAUUUUCAAUUACCAGGAACGAAGGAGGAGUUUUGAGGAAGUGCAGCCGAAUCAAGUGAAGAUCCAUGACAGUACUCCACAGCGGGGAGUCAUUCAACCAGCACGUAUAGAUGUCGGCGUAAUUUCGUCGCCCUCUUCGGCCGGCCAAUAUGACAGACUGGACGAUGCCUCCUUACAACUGUACAAAGAUGGAGAUUACGGUUCCUAUUUAGACCUGGACGCCUCGAUUAGCGAACAACAGGAGGAAUUCGAAGGAUUUCAAUUAAAGUAAGUCUUUUUAUCGCGAGUCCAUAAAUCUUGCUCGAAGUCUCCGGUUAAUUUAAUCAGUUGAAUCACCGAAAGUUCAAUUCGAAAUGAAUUAUGGCUUAAUGAGGUGAUACAUUUGAAAAGCGUAUAAAUGGUACUUUCGAGUAAAUGAUAAAUAGCCGUCGGAUGCGUAGAAAUAUAACGAAGGUCCCGAGGGUAUUUGAAAAUGUUAUUA